AUGCACUUCACCAAGAAUUCUGUCGUCCUCCUGGCCGGAGUUACAGUUGUCACAGCACUCCCGUUCGACGACUCCAAGGACAGCGUACAUCGACUGUUUGCCCGCGGAGCUCGUUACGCCACAAGUUGUGACCGGAAGAUCCCUAAUAGAGACAUCACCUAUAAGGAGAAAGCCCAGAAAGCCUUCACUGAUGCCUCUCAGUUGGCAUCAACUACACAAGAUGGCAAGGACUCUAAUGGAAAUGCCUUUACUGAGAGUACCGCAUUUUCUCAUUACUUUGGAGAUGGAGACAAAGAUCAAGUCAAGCGGAUGAACCAGGUUAUUUAUAAUAGCCGCCUUCCCGUCGACGACAAUGAUGGCGGACAAGGAUACUGGAUUGACAUCGCAUGUGGUUCAGAUCAAGACCCGAAUUGCGGUACUUCAGUCCUUGCGGCUACGAGUCCAAAGCCUGGAGAGUCAACGAUGGUGCUAUGCGACCGCUUCUUUAACGCAAACACCGUACAAACCAAGCAAGACCUUGACACCAAGAAAAUUGGGACACGGCGCGGCCAGUGGUGCCAGACAGGCGAAAAGUUCCCUUUCUUUGAAGUCGCCGGCCUUACGAUCUUCCAUGAAAUGACGCAUCUGCACGAUGUUGGGCAGAGGGCAGGAUUAACUGCAAGACCUGAUCCGGAUGGUUAUGACUCGGCUGGCACUGUCGACGUCUAUGUCAAGGGAGGCGAUGACGAUCGCAAGCACUACGACGGCAUGGAGCCGUGGCAAGCCGCAAGGGAGCUGAAGCGCCUAUGGGAUGCCUACAACGCCGACAACAGCCAAUACAAGCCUACUACGCCCACAACUGAGAAUGCCGAGAGCUACGCGGCUGCUGCGCUGGAGUUUUACUUCCUACGCUUCUGUGAGUGGGACACAAUCUUGCCUUAA